AAAAACAGAGUAUAAAUUGCAAGGAUUGAAGUGUCUAACUGGAACUUGCAAGAGCUUAUUUUCUUAGGAUAUGAGCUUUAGCUAUCAAUAAGGAUGAUCGAUUGCAGAAGAUCUAUCUUUUCACUCUGUGUUCUAUUUCUUGCUUUUGCAUCCGUAAUUGCUUUAGAUAAAAGUCUCUUGCUGGAAAAGAAGGAAAAUUGUACCUAUGCAGUAACAAUAGAAACAACAUGUACAAAGGGUGCUGAGACCUCAAACCAUGUCAGCCUAAGAUUUGGUGACACAAAUUCAAACGACAUCUUAGUAAAACACCUCAAUUCCAAGCAUGUGAGAUGGUUAGAUCCAUUGGAGCCACAAGUCCUCGAUGACGUGCCGAGAAAACCAUUCCAAGCUUGCAUGGUAAACCAAUUCCAGAUCACAGCCCAGUGUGUGGAAUCACCCAUUUGCUACUUAUACCUCAAAUUGACCGGUGACGACGACUGGCGGCCCGGUUUCGCUCAAGUCCGGGUGCUCGAGGGCAAUUCCCACUUGAGCUCAAAUUAUUUCUAUUUUCGCCGGUAUUUGCCUAGGCAUGUGUGGCAUGGCUCGGACUUGUGUGAUAGGGAGGUGACGCCCUUUGGGAUCAAAUUCAAGAGGAAGGUCUUUGUGAAGAAGGUUGCUCAUAAACCAUUGUUGCCCUAAAAAUGUAUCGUUCGAUAAUUCUACGGCCAUAGAACUGACUAUAUAUGAUAAGUAAUAGUGUUACACAGGAGAUAAAAAGGUUGAACGCUUUGCUCAUGUUGCUUGACUUGUAUAUUGUGUGAUUGAUUAUAUAUCGGUAGAAUUCUUAUU